UUCCCACAAGCCUCCGCAUAAACAUCAACGAGAGUGCACGCCGCAGCAUAGUUGAUGCGCCCUCUUCAUAAGCUGACACUGACAGUGUAUGUAUGGCAGGAAUCUCACCUGCAUCCUGCAGCAACGUAAGCCUCACCGAGACCUACUUCCUGGAACCGCAAUCAUCUCCCAUCCGACUCGGAACGGAAACGAAGGAUCCUACUAUCUAAUUGGCCACUAUAAGUAUCCAACAUGGAUAAGGUACUGGCGCUUACUCCCCCUGAGAAACAAUCCCACAAUCAAACCUCCAAGCUUAACUCCUCCCCCCCAAAAUGACCCUCCCAAGAUACAUCUUCUAUUUCCGCCGCAAACCCGGCACCACCCCACAGGAAUUCAAAGAAUACUACGAACAGCACCAUCUCCCCCUUCUCAAAGAGAUCGCGGGCGAUCGGUUCCCACUCUCCCAUCAACGCUACUACCUCGUCCGUGACGCUACGCCCAAAAACCCAGCCCCUUCCAGCGAUUCGGACGCAGCGGACAGUACUGAGGUGAACUACGUUCCCCGCGUGCUUUCCGGCGCAGCGGACGAUUUCCCCUGGGAUGUCUACGCGGAGCUUACCUUUGAGGAUACGCAGCAUCUGCAUGCGUUUCUGGGCCGGCUGGGGGCCCAGGGGAAACGGAUUGCGGAGGAUCAGGAGAAUUUCAUGGACUGUACGCGGGUGUAUGGGGCGGAGGUUGAGGGGCCGUUUGGUAGUACUGUUUAGGGUUCGGGGUGAGGUACAGCUGGUAUGAGGAGAAAGAAAAGAAUAUUUGGAGGGGACUGUGGUAUGUAUGUGGUUGAGGUUGAGGAGAGGCUGGCUGCUCAGUCAUUCUGUUGACUUCUUCGCUGGCCAGUUUUUAUUGGAGAAUUGGAGGCUGGGAAGGAGGGAAUUGGUUAAGUUCAGUACAGACGAGGCCGUAGUGCUCUGUUGUCUGGUGCUAGAUUAGGUAGUGCAAAGGGUACUACAGAGAUAUAGGUGGAGCAUACAUACAUACUGUACAUUCAUUGCCUAGGUAGUCGCUAUUCCAAGAACCAUCCUAUUCCAU